CCGCUGUGGGUGAGCGAAAUUUAAAGUGAGUCACCCAAUGAAUGAGCCGCUUUUGUUUUUUAUGUGCGUGGGGGUUGUAAAGCAGCAAAUGGAAAUUGUUUUUUGUGCAGCUUCGAGUACGCAUUAAGAUUCCGUAUAUAUAAUGGCAGAUCCUCGCAUCAGAACAUUGAAAAUCAAGACCGGAGUUGUGAAGAGGUUAGCCAAAGAGAAGUUAUCAUACGAGAAGGAAGCGGAGCAGCAACGCGCUCGCAUCGUCAGGUUGAAAGGGGAAGGGAAAGACGAGUAUGACAUCAGGAAGCAGGAGGAGGUGUUGCAGGAGUCUCUGAUGAUGGUCCCAGAUUGCCAACGUCGCCUGAUCAAAGCCUACGACGAGUUGAAGAGUAUCUUGGAUUCCGAGCAGGAUCUGAAGGAUAUUGCCGAGUUCACUGCAGCCCUGGGAGUAUUGGAUGAGGCAAAGUUGCAGCUUCCCAAACCCGGUGAAACCCUGCACAUGUGUUAAAUUCGAACGUUGCUUCCUAGUUAUUCCAUUAAUUUGCAACGUAAUUUUUUAAUACCUUCUAUAAAAAAAAAUCUAAACAAACAAAAAAAAAACAACAAUUAUUAAUAAGGACACACAAUGGACUGUCUCAAUUCAAGCAUGGAGUUCAAAACUGAAAAUGACCUGUACAUAGAGACGUGGCUCGCGAAAAUGG